GAGCCGGAGAUCGUGUAUAUGAAGGCAGCGGCACUUCACCUUGUUCCAUUUCCUGGACUCUCUUUUCUUUCCCAUCCACAAAGCCAAUUAUCACACACUCGCUCACAUUUCCACUGCAACCAUUUAUUAAAACAACUUAACAACCUUUAAUAAUAAUCACCACUACCACUACAACCUUCACCAUGCGCUUCGCCACCAUCACCGCCCUCUUCGCCGCCGGCGCCCUCGCGGCCCCUGCCCCGCAGGCGCAGGCCACCUCGGGCGAGGUGAUCGCCGUCAGCGACUUCUCGGUCCGCAAGACGGUGGACAACACGCCGACCAACGUCAACUUCAAGAUCAACGGCGGCGCGGCCUCGAACCAGACCUGCACCCUCGACAACCCGGCGGUGCCCAACUCGGCCGUCACCAAGUGCGGCGACAGCGCCUACUCCUUCGCCCUGGUCAAGGGCACCGCCGCCGACUACGCCGUCCGCCUGUACAAGGAGCUCGGUCCCGGCGUCGGCCUGUACGGCCAGGGUGACGUCUUCACCUACUGCCACACCGGUGGCCUCGGCGACCUGCUCUGCAGCCAGGUCGCCCCUGCCGCUAUUGCCAUUGACGGCUCCGCUUAGAGAAGUCUCGGAGGCUGCCUUUCCUUAUUUUUCCCCUUUGUUUGAAAUAGAUGGUGGAAAUGUAUAAAUAGAAGAGAGAAAACACAUUAUAUACCUACAAUUAAUGUUAAAACCACAAGUUAACCUCAAAGAGCGUUUGGGUGAAGCGGUGCCAUGCUUUGUGAUGUUGCUUGGUUGGUAGUUGGUGG